UUUAAAAUUGGUCAAGAAAAAAAAGGGUGUUAUUUCAUUUUCGUAACACAUAAAAGUGAUGGCAUCGGGGAAGCUUCCGUGGGAGUUGGAGGAAGAGAUACUGUCUCGGCUUCCACCUCGAUCUCUUGUUCGGUUCAGAUCCGUAUGUAAACACUGGAACGAUCUUUUCAACGACAAAAGGUUCGUCAACAACCACUUGGCUCGUGCUCGUCCCCAAUUCAUCAUCCUGACCGAAUCCAAUAUUUAUUCGAUAGACACCAUCGGUCUGGGUGGCGUUGAUCCGACGAUAGAGGUGAAUAAACUAGCCUCUGAAUUACAUUUUGAGGCUAAGAAGUCGACAUAUACCCGUAUCACGGCUUGCGAUGGAUUAUUGUUUCGUCACUUUUGGAUGCAAGGGGAUACCAUUUGGAAUCCAUGUUUGAGACAGGUUGGAUUGAUAGAGUACGAGUACGAGGACAGAGAUUUCCAUUUAUUGGGUGUAGGAUACGAUACUACUAAACCCGAGAAGGGUUACAAGAUCUUGGGGUAUUUUGAUCGUCUUCGUAGAGUCACUGACGCUUACCAGAAAGGUCACCUCAGGUUUGCGAUUUAUGAGUGUGCCUCUCACUCGUUUAAGUUCAUUGAUUCCUUAGAUUGGCCAAUGCUGGCAGGUUUAGGUGAAUAUGUGUCCUUGAACGGAAAUUUGUAUUGGACUUCUUACAAUGAAGAGACUCGUGAGUAUUUUCUCGGAAGCUUUGAUUUCUCCACGGAAAUAUCGAUGCGCUUUUGUCUCCCUCCUUGUGGGAAGCAUGUUUCUGGCUCACUACAUAAACUUGUCCUCACUGUAUUUAAGGGAGAUAGGUUUGCAUUGUUAAAGCAAUCUCGUAUAUCAAGGAAUACAGAGGUUUGGGUAACAAAGGAGAAGAUUAACAAUAGUAAUAAGGAUGACGUGGUGUGGUUAAACUUGAUGACUCUGUCAAUACCUAACUUUCCUUCGCUAUUCAAUCAGUUUUCUGGUAUUAGAUACUUCAUUUAUGACAAGACCCUUAUCAUGUGUUGUGGCGCCGAUCAAACUGGAGUGGCUUGCAUCUUUAUUGCGAGGGGAGACAUGUGCAAGAAGAUUCAAAUAGGUUCUGGCUUUGAUCAUUUUUCUCACUGUGUCUAUCUUCCAAAUUUGAUCUCGGUUCCUUCUGAAUUCAAAUCAGUACAAAAAAAGACCCUAAUCAUGUGUUGUGGCGACGGCGAAACUGGAGCUGCUUGCAUCUAUAUGGUAAGGGGAGGUAUGUAUGUUCAAGAAGAUUCAGAUUGAUUCAUGGAUUGUUCGGUUUUCUCACUGUCUAUCUUCCAAAUUUGAUCUCAGUUCCUUAAUCAUUCAUAUCACAUCAAGUUUAGAUUUUGGAUUUUUCGUGUUUUAUUACAAAUCUGAAUUCUAUAGUUUGUCCUCACUUUUGAUUCAGAAGCAAUUUCUGCUCUCGUUGUUGUUGGAGCAGAGUAUAUGGAGCUUUUCCCUUCUUUGAAAGUUGAUUUUGUUUAACUUUCUCAUAUGCUCUGUUUACAUGGGGAUUGAUUUAGAAAUAAACGAUAAUAGUACAU